AUGGAAGGUUUCUACAUGAACAGCACCUAUGCUACCACUAACUACCAGAAUUACAGCAACAUCACCUCCAACUACCAGAACUACAAUGAGCUUGAAGAGUAUUACAAAUUAGUUGCAAUCACCUUCGUGCCGACAUGCAUAAUCAUCGCUAUCUGCCUCCCGCUGACCCUCGUUGCCAUCCAUGCUCUUUAUUCUAUGGUGAGAAGUGAUCAUGUUGCUCCCAUCUACGUCAUCAACCUUCUCAUUGCCGACAUCCUUCAGUUCUGCUUCCUGAUCACUGAGGUGGCAAAGCUUGGAGAUGUUGAGAUAUACUACAUCUUCGAAUAUAUUUACAUCUUUGGUCUGAUGGCCAGUAUUUACUUCAUGGUGUCUAUCGCCCUAGAAAGGUAUUUGGUCAUCGCCCACCCGCUGUGGUACCGCUGCAGACGCACCAUCAAGAGCUCUGUGGCGGUCUGUGUCCUGGUCUGGGUGCUUCCUUUUGCAGAUGUUGUCCCUUACUAUUUCUUUUCUGAUGGUCUGGUGUACUACACAAUCACAGCCAUCUUCUUCCUCCUUCCCUUUCCACUUUUAAUCUUCUUCCUGGUUGGGACCCUCAAAGCCCUGUCUGCUUCCAUCUCAGUCCCGUCUGAUGAAAAACAAAGAAUUGUGGGAGUUUUGGUUCUGGUGCUGCUUAUUUACACGCUGCUGUUCCUGCCCAAAAUCAUUUCAUUCCUCAUAGUAAACACUGACAAUACCUUUUUCAACAUAUCUCUUAUUUGUAUUAGGUUGAGCCCUCUUGCAGACUUAGUCCUGUAUGUCUUCAUGAGGAAAGGGAUCAUAGACAAGCUUUUGGCCUCUGUGUGUUGUUGCAGAAUGGACAGCAGUGAUAUCAGCAGUCCACCAGUAUGA